AUGCUCGGGCCAGCUCUUUUCCUCACGGGCUUGUUAAUCUUCUGGGCCCACAAGCAUUUUCAACCUACACUACCACUGCCACCCGGGCCACCGUCUGAAUUCCUUCUCGGCCAUACCCGUGUCAUACCUAAGGAAAACGCUGCCAAGGUUUACUCGAGAUGGUCCAAAGAAUACAGUGAGUUUGCUUUCCAAAAGCUUGAUAACCGACCUCUGACUUUGGCUUCGAAAGACUCGGACAUCAUUCAUGUCAGGUCUUUAGGUCGGUCUACCAUUGUUCUUCAUAGCGCAGAGGUUGCCAAGGACAUCCUUGAGAAGAAAGGCGCCAAUUUCUGUGACCGGCCUAGGUUCACCUUAUUAGAAGUGAUGGGAUGGGGAAAGACGUUGACUUUUCUGCCAUUUGGAAAAAGCUGGCAAAUGCACAGAAAGCUCCUCCAGACGACUUUUAGCAACACCAAUUCCCGUCAAUUUUACAACUUGCAAAGGGAUGAGGCCCACCGUACGGUAAAAGCCAUCAUGACAAGGCCCGGCACAUGGGAAACAUCUUUGCGCCGAUUUGCAGUGGCCAUUGUUUUGCAAGUGAGCUAUGGCACGGAAGUAUCGAGCGACGAUGACCCCUAUAUCCGAAUUGCUAACGAUGCCAUGUAUGCUACCGGCAAUGGUGGAGUUCCUGCAAAUAGUGUUGUUGAUCUAGUUCCCUUUAUUCGUUAUCUCCCAGAUUGGCUUGUCAAUGACUGGUCUUUACGAUUUGCUCGACAAUGGCGAUGGGCUAUCACGAAACUACACGAAGUACCCUUCGCUGCCGCACAAGCCGAGCGUUUUUCUGCCAACACAUCUCUUGCACAUCAGCUACUGCGGUCGUAUGAGUAUAAUCAAUCACAGGGCAAGAACCAAAAGUGGUCGCUGGAUGAUAUCAAAGGGGCUGCAGGCGCAGUUUUCAUCGCAGGCGCCGACACCACAUGGGCAACUUGUGUUAUCUUUGUUCUAAACAUGGUUCUCCACCCCGAGAUACAAAAGAAGGCACAAGACGAGCUUGAUGCGGUAAUAGGACCCGGGAAGCUACCCGAGUUCUCAGACCGAUCCUAUUUACCAUACAUCGAGCAUAUUGUGCAGGAGAUUUACAGUAUACCGCAUGCUGACAAUGAGUACACUUGGAAAGAUGGUCACCGUUGGCUCCUCUUGCACGCCGUAGGGAUCCCCCACAAAUCGCUUCACGAUGAUGUCUACCAGGGCAUGUUUAUUCCUAAAGGAACUGUUGUUUAUGCAAAUUCUUAUGCUAUAGCACAUGAUGAGCGAGUCUACAAAGCUCCUCACGACUUCAACCCUGACAGGUACAGCGCGGGAGAGCCAUAUCCCGUUGGCAAUUUCGGGUUUGGGCGUCGGAUUUGCGUCGGUCGGUUUCUAGCGGACAACAGUGUCUGGGUCAUGGUAGCAACAAUGCUGUCCACUUUGAAUUUCUGCAAACAGGUGGCCCAGGACGGAAGACCAAUUGAGCCUCGAGUACGAUUCACCAAUGGUGGAACCUGGUCAGGCAAUCCCUCCCCGCAGCUCAUUGAUCCCUGCUUCUAUCUGGGCCCCACAGUCCCUUGA